AUACAGUUUAAGGUAACCAAUCAAAACUACGAAACAAAUGCACAGCGUGUAAAUAGUGUGGAUCGAUACCGGUGUAGGUUUUAUCCUUUGUUAAUAAUGUGUACAAUUUUCCUCGUUAUAGCAAGAUAAUUAAUACAUACAAAUUAAUCCAAUUCAGAAACGGAAAAACGCGUGGUUUGAAAGUUAUUUGAUAAAACUACAGAUAUUUUAUAUUAUUUUGUUUUAUGUUUAAAUAAGAAAAAUAAAAUUAUUGAAAAUUUUAUUGAAAAUUUGAAAAUUAUUGAAAAUUUACUUACAUCAUGAGCGUAACUGAAGCGAUUUCAUUGAAUGGUAAAACAAAUUGUACACCUGAGAAAAAGUUGAGAUUGAAUAUUAAUGAAAAAGAAAGUGAAGCGGAAUGUGGUCAAAAUAAAAAUCAACACGAGGAAUGUCAAUAUUUGUCUUUAAUUAAUGAAGUCCUUGUAAAGGGUGUCAAGAAAUCUGACCGUACAGGAGUGGGCACAAUGUCUCUUUUUGGAACCCACAUGAGAUUUAGCUUAAGAGACAAUGUAUUUCCAUUACUAACUACAAAGCGAGUAUUUUGGAAGGGUGUAGUUGAAGAACUACUUUGGUUCAUAAAGGGAUCAACAAAUGCAAAAGAAUUAUCAUCUAAAAAUGUUCAUAUUUGGGAUGCAAAUAGUUCUCGUAAAUUCUUAGAUUCAUCUGGUUUUGUAGAUAGAGAAGAAGGAGAUUUAGGGCCUGUUUACGGAUUUCAAUGGAGACACUUUGGAGCAGAAUAUAAAGAUAUGCAUUCUGAUUAUAAGGGUCAAGGUAUAGAUCAAUUAAACGAAGUCAUAAAUAAAUUACGAAAUUCUCCUGACGAUAGAAGAAUUAUUAUGUCAGCUUGGAAUCCAAUUGAUAUUCCAAAAAUGGCAUUGCCUCCAUGCCACUGUCUUGUUCAGUUUUAUGUUAGCAACGGUGAAUUAUCUUGUCAACUUUAUCAAAGAAGUGCUGAUUUGGGUCUUGGAGUACCUUUUAACAUAGCAUCCUAUUCUCUGUUAACGUAUAUGUUGGCUCAUAUUGCAAAUUUAAAGCCAGGUGAAUUUGUACAUACAAUGGGUGACUGCCACGUGUAUCUCAAUCAUAUAUCCGCGCUUAAGGAACAGAUAGGACGCGAGCCGAAACCGUUUCCACAUUUAAAAAUUGUUAGGAACGUUGAAAAUAUCGACGAUUUUGUAGCGGAAGAUUUUGAAUUAAUCGGUUACAAACCACAUGCGAAAAUUACUAUGGCGAUGGCGGUUUAACCAUUAGAUAAACGACUAUUGCAUAUCAUUUUCUGAUAAACAGAAUCGAUGUUGAAAAAGUAAACAUUUCCAAUACAAUUUCAAAUGAUUGAAUCCAUAUAAUUCAAGUUCACAAUUUCUAACCAUAUCUAUAUUUUAUUUCCUAAUAAAAAUUAUGUUUUUAAUAAACUCGUAUCUUAAUAAUUGUACAUAUACAUACAAGGUGUACCUAAGUACCUCGAAUAGACUAAAACUUUGUUCUUAUUGAAGUUUGAAAAAAAUGGUAAAGGAAAAUCUUUACCCUAUUUAACAAGCUCUAUCGUAGUGCAAUACCAGUUUUUUGUCAGAAAUGCAUUGAUACAAUUGCAAAGUCCAACUGCACAUUUUUUAAAAAAUGAAACCAUAUUUUUUCACAAAAUUUCUUUGCAUUAUUUUACAUAAGAAAAGCUUAAGAUACUAUCAUUGAAAAUUAAGUAUUUGUUUUAGAUAUCUGAUUGUGAAUAUUCAGCAUUGUGCAUAUACUUUGUUAUAUUUGGAUCACUACCCUACUAUCUUAUUUAUUAACAGCGUACUUUCAGUAAAUAUUAAAAAUAACGAUUUACGUAAAAAAAACCAGAGUUUCGUUAAAAAAAAGUGCAGCAGCAGUUUAUAACUACAUGAAUGUAUUGAUAAAAAAAAGUAGUAUAGCGGUACAAUAAAGUCUGUCGAAUAGUGCAAAGCUUUCCUUUAUGAUAUUUUUUUAACUUCAGCAGUAACGAAAUUAUAGCCUGUCUCAAUUACUUAGCCCUGUAUAUAUAUUUAUAUUUAUAUAUAAUAUAUAUGUAUAUAUAUAUAUAUGUGUGUGUGUAUAUAUAUAUAUGUAUAUACAUAUAUAUACAUACAUACAUAUAUAUCAAUUUCUUUCAGUACCGGUCUUGAAUAUGGUCCAUACGUGUCCGUUACAAUUUUAAGUUUCGUAAGUGAAAAUCGUAAGUAUUUCACCACAACACGUAUUACAAUCACAAAGAAACAAAGAAUAUUUCAAUGACGUAACUGACAAGCAUGGACGUUAAAAGGCCUUAUGUAAACAACUUUUGAAUCUAAUAAAAAUUACAAUUAUCUCUAUAAAGUAUUUGAAUCCAGUACUUCCUUAAAUCAU